UCUAACUUCCUCCACCAUAGAGUAAAUAGAAUAAUUCAUAAUUCGAUAAUAAAUUGGUCCAGUCAUCCUGACAAUCUAGAACUGACGCCAUUUUUCCUGCAUUCGACUUAAAAAGUGCAAGUGAUUUAAUCAAACCUCUGCAAAGUUUCCAAAAUGGUUAAAGCCGUUGCCGUGUUGAAAAGCGAAGUGGUCAAUGGAACCGUCUUCUUUUCCCAGGAAGGCAACAAUCCGGUGCAGGUAAAUGGAUCGCUGAGCGGUCUCAAAGAAGGCCUGCAUGGAUUCCACAUUCAUGAAUUCGGGGACAACACCAAUGGCUGCAUAUCAGCCGGGCCCCAUUUCAACCCCAACGACAAGGAACAUGGAGGCCCAACUGACGCUGACCGUCAUGCUGGAGAUUUAGGAAACAUUGAGGCCAAUGCUGAAGGAGUCGCUAAGAUCAACAUCACGGACAAGCAGAUUUCGUUGAGUGGAGCGAACAGCAUUAUUGGACGCACAGUUGUUGUGCAUGCAGACCCUGAUGAUUUGGGCAAGGGGGGACAUGAGCUGAGCAAAACCACUGGCAAUGCUGGUGGCAGGUUGGCCUGUGCAGUUAUUGGCCUUGCACAGCCCAACUAGAUUUAUCAAGUCACUGGUAGUUUACGUUAAGAUGCACUGUUCUUUUUGGUGGUAUUGAGAAUUUCUUUGUUUUUAGGAAUCGUUCCUAUUUCCUGCAUUUUAGGUGUUAUAUAUUGAAAAUGAUUCAUUUUAUAUUAUGUUCUUGUUGUUCAUUUCAGUUUAAAUAAAAAAAUACUAUUUA